GGUCAGGUACAUUCAUUCAAAAACCUCUCCUUCUCUCGCUCGCACUCUCCCUCUCUUGGAUCUCACUUCACAUUAAAUCAUAAUAAUUCUCACCCGCUACAACAAUGGCUUCUUCAACUCUGAGCUCCUCAUCAUCCAUCAUCACUCCUCGCACCCCUAACAAACUCUCCAACAACCCCAUUUCAAUUUCCAAUGUCAGGGUCAUCGUCAGAGUCAGAGUCAGACCCUUCCUUCUUCACGAAAUCUCACCAACAAACCCGCUUGUUUCCUGUAUCUCUGUGCUCGACCAAGAUGAUGAAGAAGUAGCGGUUCUUCUCAAAGACUCACAAAGCAGCCGAAGCGAGUGCUACCAAUUGGACUCUUUCUUUGCCCAAGAAGAUAACAAUGUGGCUCAGAUUUUCCGCACUGAAGUAAGCCCCAUGAUUCCAGGAAUCUUCAAUGGCUGCAACGCUACUGUGUUUGCUUAUGGGGCUACAGGGAGUGGCAAGACAUACACCAUGCAAGGAACUGAGGAACAAGCUGGGUUGAUACCACUGGCAAUGUCCAUGGUCCUGUCUAUUUGCCAAAGGACUGGCAGCACAGCACUGGUUUCAUACUAUGAGGUCUACAUGGACCGAUGUUAUGACCUCUUGGAGGUCAAAGCAAAGGAGAUUUCAGUUUGGGAUGACAAAGAUGGACAAGUUCACCUCCGGGGACUAUCUCAAGUUCCUAUAAACACAAUGUCGGAAUUUCAAGAGGUUUUCUCCUGUGGAGUUCAGAGACGAAAAGUUGCACACACAGGCCUCAAUGAUGUCUCCAGUAGGAGUCAUGGAGUGCUUGUGAUAUCUGUAUCCACACCUUCUGAUAGGACUGGAGGUGUUGUAUGUGGAAAGUUGAAUCUCAUAGACUUGGCAGGUAAUGAAGACAACAGAAGGACCUGUAAUGAAGGGAUUCGUCUCCAAGAGAGUGCCAAGAUAAACCAGUCCUUGUUUGCACUGUCAAAUGUGAUAUAUGCUUUGAACAACAACAAACCAAGAGUACCCUACCGAGAAAGCAAAUUGACUCGUAUAUUGCAGGAUUCGCUGGGGGGAACUAGUCGUGCAUUGAUGGUUGCUUGCCUGAAUACAGGAGAAUACCAGGAAUCUGUUCAUACUGUUAGUUUGGCCGCUCGGUCAAGGCAUAUCACUAAUGUUGUGCCUUCAGCUCAUAAAGAAGAGACCCCAAAAGUUAUGGUUGACAUGGAAGCCAAAUUGAGAGCUUGGUUAGAAUCAAAAGGCAAAGCAAAGAGCUCACAAAAACUAGGAGCAUUCAAUUCUCCACUGCCAAAGAAAACUCCCAGUUCUAUCAUUACAUCUGCUAAAAGAUCCGUUACCUUUAAUAGUUCAGUGAAAGAAGGAAGAACUGCUACCAACCAAGAUGCUAAACAUACAAAUGAAAGGGCCUUUGCUGUGGCGUUUAGAAAUUUACUAGAUGGUGAAGGUCCUUUUGAUUCUUUCAUGGAGGAUGUACAUUGUGGUGUUAAGGACAAUAAUGACAGAGAGAAAGAGCAUCAUGCCAAUACGGCUGAUAGGGGAUCAGAUGAAAAUUUGCCUGUUGAGCCAUUGAGCAAGGGAAUGAACUCUCCUAUUACAAAUGAAAGUAAAGAUGCAGUACAAAGUCCUUUAAGAAAAGCACUUUCCCCCAUCAAUGGCAAUCAAAAGCCCCAUGAGGCUUUGUCUUUGACACAAACACUUUUUUCUGCAAACUGCUCCACUAACAAAGGGUUACAAAAGAAUGGCACCCCACUUGACAAAUUCAGUACACGAAGUUCUGCCCUGAAGAACCAUCUUGUUCAAGAAUACAUUGAUUUCCUAAACAAUGCAAGCAGAGAGGAACUACUAGAGUUAAAGGGUAUAGGAGAGAAAAUGGCAGAAUACAUAAUUGGCCUUAGAGAAGAAAGCCCCCUGAAAUCGUUAAGUGAUUUGGAGAAGAUUGGUCUCUCUUCGAAGCAGGCACAUAACCUGUUCACUAAAGCUGCAAAAAAACUAUUUGACGACAAAGCAAAAGAUUCAAUACUCAGUUGAAGUUCUGUGACUCUAAAUGUAACUUUGAAUGUAUCUUAUCUUUGCAAAAAAACUAACUUGCUUUGUGUUCUUGUGAGUUGUAACAAAAUAUUUUACCCAGCAUUGAAGAAAAGUUGUUAUUCUUUUAAGUUUUAA